AUUGGAAAAUGUAUUUUGAAUGUAUUAUCGGUCAACCACAUGAUUUCUAGGAGAAUGAGGCAUAUGUGUGGAGUGUGUAAGGGUUGUGAACUUGAGAAUGAAACGAUUGAUCACAUGUUGUUUAGGGUGUCCUAGUGCCCAAUUAGUUUGAAAAUUUUGCCCCAUUAAUUGGCCUAGUUUAGAAAAUACUGUGGAUUUUGCUGGAUGGUGGAAUGAUCUUUUUACUAAUGCUAAAAAAUACCCUGAGUCUAUUGAGCUUAUAAAAUUAAGUAUUUCUAUUAUGUGGCAAAUUUGGAAGGCUAGAAAUUCAAAGAGUUUCAAUGGAGAAAUUUAUGAUCCUAAUGAUAUUGUUAACAAAGCUCUUUUUGAUUUCCAUGAAUAUGAAAGCAAUUUGAUUCCUUCAUUUUCCCCUAUAGUUAUACCUGCUUGUAAUGAUGAUAGAAAUAUAACUAUGGCACAAGAUGGUAUUGUUGUGUUUGCAGAUGCUAGUGUACAUAAGGAAAAGAAGACGGCAAGCAUUGGUGUGGUGGCUUUGGAUAGCUAUGGUAACCUGCUUCAUGCCUUUGGCUCCCCAAUUCAAUAUGUUGGGAAAGUCAUCACUGCUGAAGCAAUUGCAAUUCGUAUGGCGCUGGAGAAUGCUAGAGAAAAGGGGUGGACAAAGGUGCAAAUCUUAUCAGAUGCAAAAAAAAAUGUGGUAGAUUUGGUACUACAAAGAACUAUAGUCUCAUGGGAGAUAGAGACUACUUGUGAAGACAUUUGGAACCUUAUGAAGUGCUUUGAGGUGGUCGCUGUGAACCAUAUUCCAAGGUCUUGGAAUUUAGUGGCACAUAAUUUAGCAAAAUUUUCUAUUUCAUUAGUACGCAAAGUUGUUUAG